AUGAAUAUUCCACCUGGGCACCUCCGCAAGGAAAAGUCCAAAGUCACUAUCUACGACUUCAGGACGCUCAAAAUGCCACACGCAGCAGACUUAGAGGAUCCAAAGCUUACUGCCACCCAUGUCGCCGUUCGAGAGGCGCGCAGUCUAGCCAAUGAAGCCACGCUUAGCCAAUUGACUUCAAUGGUGAGCCACGACCCUGCUGCAGAUAUUUCUGAAGUCUUGAAGCGAGAAGCAACAGCGUAUCCUCGUCUGGUCGUUGAGCUCACCGAAGCGUUUAACUCAUCCACAGUUGAUGUGACGCACAACAGAGAUCCACAGCCUUCCGUUGCGACUGGGCUACUGGACCUGCCAGUGGAUGGCUCCGUGAAAGUCACUCACACUUUGGACCGAUCAGUCCUGGGUCUAAUACAUGCAACAGCCGAGUGCGACGAAAUUCUCAGCCAUAUACCUAAAGAAAUGGCGGCAGCAUUCAACCAGUUAAUACGCGGCGGAGAGAUCCUUUUUCAGCUCCACGACACCUUCGUCAUCGAGCUCGGGCCGAGCCAUGUAGUCAAAGUCGCCCAGUCUCUUGAUCCUGAUCAUAUCGAUAAUAUACAAUACGUUGCCACACACGUGCCGAAGCUCCCGAUUCCCCACUGCCUAGGCGUUUUACGUAGUGACCAAAGGACUUGUCUGUUCAUGUCCCGAGCAACAGGCACUACACUUGAAAGCGUCUGGCCCGAUCUCUCCACUACGCAAAAGACAUCCGUACAGGAGCAGCUAAAUUCUUUGUUCCGGCUCCUCCGCACUCCUACCGCCGAGGACUCUGGAUCCGGUGGUGAGGUGGUUCAAAUUGAACACACGAACAUUCGAGUGUCUUCCAUCAUCGACUGGGAAGCAGCAGGCUGGUAUCCAGAGUCUUGGGAAUUCGUCAAAGCCGUGAGCAUGAUCGAUCCUCGUGGCCCCUUGAGUGACUGGAUCGACUUCCUACCCACCGAUGCUAUCGGAUACUUCCCCAUGGAAUUUUCCAUCGACCGCCUGCUCGACCAGUGGCUUGGAUGA